AUGUCCCAGCAGCUGAUAUGGAGCCCCACACCGGAGAAAUCUGUGCACAUAGCAUGUUCGAGAGCGAGGAAGAAGAACUCGCCGGACAGGCACAAGCUUGGAAAUACACAUUUGCGUUUGUGGAGUCUUUGGCGGUAAAGUCCGUCGUUCUGCUCGGAAUCCCCGACAUCAUUGCGCGCCACGGCCCCAAAGCAACGCUUUCCCUCUCACAAAUCGCAGCGGAGCUUCCCAGUGAAAAGCCCGACGUCAAUUGCCUGUUCAGAAUCCUGCGCUUCCUCGUUGCCAAGAAUUUUUUCAGGGCCGAAACGAGCGGCGGCGCGAAUGAAGUGAGAUACGGCCUAACGCCCGCUUCUAAAUGGUUCGUGAAAGGUGGCGCGGCGGCGCCGUCGGUCUCCAUGAUUGCCAUGCUACUUAUGCAGAACGACGUGACGAUGAUGGCGCCGUGGCACCAUUUCAACGAGUGCGUCCUCGACGGCGGCGUGGCCUUCGAGAAGGCUCACGGCCUGCAUCUUUGGGACUACGCCGCGGCCCACCCCGAUCAGAACUGCCUGUUCAAUCAAGCCAUGGCUUGCAACGCCAACAUCGUGAUGAAAGCCAUCUUGUCUAAAUACGAGGGUUUUCAGGGCUUGAAUUCCUUGGUGGACGUCGGAGGCGGAAUCGGAGCGACCCUCGCAGAGAUUGUGAAGGCCCAUCCAUCUAUUAAUGGCAUUAGCUACGAUUUGCCCCACGUCGUAGCUAUGGCUCCCCAUUACCCGGGGGUAAAGCAUAUUGGAGGAGACAUGUUCAGAGAGGUGCCAUCCGCUGACGCUGUAUUCAUGAAGUGGAUAAUGCAUGAUUGGGAGGACGAGGAUUGCGUAAAGAUUCUAAAGCAAUGCAGAAAGGCGAUUCCGGAAACAGGGAAGGUGAUCAUUGUGGAUACGGUUCUGAACCCCCGAGAGAAGACGGCGCUGGAUCCUAGUAUGGGUCUUGUGUUUGAUCUGGCAAUGAUUGCGCACACCGUUGGUGGAAAAGAGAGAAGUGAGGAGGAGUGGAAGAAUCUGUUAAAGGAAGCAGGAUUUCCUCGUUUCAAUAUUAUUGCCAUACCAGCAUUGCAGUCUGUAAUUGAAGCUUUUCCUUAUUAGCCGCUCUGUGUAUCCUCGUGAAAGAAUACACUAGCGGUUGAGUUACUGAAAAACUUUAAAAUUAUGAAGCUUUAAAAAAUAGGAGACAGGACAAACUAGGAUUGUUUAGAAGCCUCUGCAGAAGUCUUGUCUCUUAUAUUUGAGACUGUACUUUGCUUUUCAUAUUCUGCUUUGCUGUUGUCUGCCUUGUUAUUGUGUUUAUUGUCUAGCUACUCUGUU